AUGCUAGAAGCGAUGAAAGAUAUUGGACUCUUGAGUUCACAAGCCGUAUCGGCUCGGCGAGCGUUGUGGAUUCGCCAGUGGAACGCAGAUGCUGAUUCCAAAAGAAAUAUGGAGGCUCUCCCAUAUAAAGUCAUCAAUAAAUGUCACAAAGUAUCUGUAUCAACUGACAGACUUUACUUCCACUGGUCCACAAUUGUCUGGUUGACUUUGGAAAUGGUUGAUGGCUCCGUUUCCCAAAUAUGCAGCUUUCACAAGCAGAUAGUUGCAAAUGUGUCCGGCUGUGACCAGAACAAGAUGCUGGACUGUUUCAUGGCAAAAACUGAAGAGGAGAUCAUCGCUAUAAGUUCUGUCCUGAAAUUCCUGGCCCUUCCCGGGAACAUAGACGGGACGUUCUUUCCCAAGCCUGUAGAACAGAUUCUGGCUGAUAAGGAGAGUAACCCUGUUCCGUUUAUGACUGGCGUGACAGAGCAGGAGUUUGGUUGGGUGGUUCCAAUGGCGUUGAAUAUCAGCGGCAUUAGAGAAGGAAUGGACCGAGAAACCGCCCACAAAGUGCUAGAGAACAUCCCCCUGCUGGGUCGUCUGUCCGGCCUCACCUCUCUGCUACUGGAUGAGUACCUGGGGGACGACACCGAUCCCGCUGUAAUCCGCAGCCACUUCUUUGACCUCUGCGGAGACUUCAUGUUUGUGAUGCCGGCACUUAAGAAGUCCAAAUAUCAUAGAGAUGCCGGGAAUCCAGUCUACUUCUAUGAAUUCCAGCGCCGUCCAUCACUCUUUAAGGAUUCUAAACCAGAUUUUGUCAAAGCCGACCAUGGAGAUGAGCUGAUCUUCGUGAUAGGAGGACCCUUCCUGCCAGAUGGUCUGCUGUUCACAGGUGCCGCGGAGGAAGAAGAGAAGGUACUGAGUAAGACAAUGAUGAAAUAUUGGGCCAACUUUGCCCGCACUGGCAAUCCCAAUGGGCCGGGCCUCACCUACUGGCCUCAGUACAGCCAAGACGAAGGUUAUCUGAAGAUUAAUCUACAGCAGGCGUCUGCUACAGGGCUGAAAGCGGAUAAGUACAAAUUCUGGACGACAACCAUUCCCAAAAGACUCCAGGAGCUGCAGAAGACAGGGGAGGCCCAUUCCGAGCUGUAGGUGAUCACCAGACCAUCCUAGAGAACAACGAGACCAAGACCCACUCCAGCCGUACUCUGUAUGGGGAACACGUGCAGGUAGCAGGUCCCGGGCUCUGUAUAACCUAGAACACACCAUGCACGGAGCUGCAGGAUCAGAAGAACUUCCUACUAACACCUAAUAAGCGUUUGGUUUGAUUGAUGGUCCAAAGUUAAGUAUUGAUACUGAGAAAUAUGAUCAAAUUACUAAUUAAAGAGAAAAAAUGUUUUAUA